AGUCAUAACCGGGAUCUUCCGACAGUUUCAUUUUAUUUGCUUGGAUUAAUCGACCAAAUUCCGCCUUUUGACUUAUUUCGAGUGUUGUUUCGGUUCGGACAAAACAUAAACAACGUGCGACAACGGCAAGUAUUGAAAGUGUGAAGUGAUCAAAUUAGAUCGGUGAAAGAAGCUAAAUAGUAAGAUGAGUGCUAAAUUGCGCAUGCGUACUCCGUCUCCAAAAACUGUCACUUUCGAUCCUUCUCCACCAACCACCUUGGAGAGACCGAGGAAACUUAUAUUCAGGAAUCGCGCCGAAUGGGAACGGUAUCUUGACGCUCUGCUUGCCGAUCUCCAAAAUACAGUUUCAGGAUCAUCAGGAAUAGGAUCAAAUUAUUCUGGAUAUGGUCAAAGAAAUGUUAGGUAUUCGCCUGACAGCGAUGGCCAUUAUUCAAAAACAGAAUCCUAUUCAGUAAAAUCUGGAAGUUACGGGAAAGUGCCUCCAAAUUCUGGUAACCGAAGUCCGAGUUACGGCCUAACCGCAAGUGCUGGUCACAGUUCGUCAUCGUCGACAAUGGAGAAACGUCCUUUUAACAACAAUUUAGACGAAUUAGAUUCCUUGCUUCAGGAUUUGAGUAAUAGUCGGCAACAUGCUUCAGAAAACAUGAAUGGUAGCCACUAUAAUGGUGCUAUUGCCGAUUAUGGAGGUCGUAGUUCAGCUAAUUAUUCUAGGCCAUCCAGCGCACAAAGUACUCUAAAUAGGCCAUCUGUAGACAGCUUACUUGAUGAGUUAAAUUCAGGAGACGUCAUAUAUACUGGCCCCAAAAAAGUAGUGAUAACUGUAAAAGAAACUAAAACGGAGACUGGAUAUCCUGGGGAGACGGAAUUAAUAUCGUCUCAUGUCACUCACACCGCAGCUUCAUCCGCAACUAGGGAACUCGAUGAUCUAAUGGCUAGUUUGUCGAAUAUUAAGGUGAAUCAAGGGCCUCAGCAUCAUACAGUUUCCGAUUCGCAAUACGCCCGCCCAAUAAAGGCCACUCAAACACAGAGUGCCCCUCCUCCACCGAAGCAGAAUUUGGAUUCUAUGCUAGGAAACCUCCAAGCAGACAUGAGCCGCCAAGGAGUCAACACCAGCCAAAAGGGAUGCUGCAGCGCCUGUGACAAACCUAUCGUAGGUCAAGUCAUCACCGCUUUAGGCAAGACCUGGCAUCCAGAACACUUCACCUGCGCCCAUUGCAGCCAAGAAUUGGGUACCAGAAACUUCUUCGAAAGGGAAGGAAAGCCCUAUUGUGAACCAGACUAUCACAAUCUUUUCAGCCCAAGAUGUGCCUAUUGCAACGGACCUAUUUUAGACAAAUGCGUAACAGCUCUAGAGAAGACUUGGCACAUGGACCACUUCUUUUGCGCCCAAUGUGGUAAACAGUUUGGAGAAGAAGGAUUCCACGAACGUGAAGGAAAGCCAUACUGUCGUGACGACUACUUUGACAUGUUCGCCCCAAAAUGCGGAGCUUGCAACCGUGCCAUCAUGGAAAAUUAUAUUUCAGCUCUCAACGCCCAAUGGCACCCUGAUUGCUUCGUGUGCAGGGAUUGCAGACAACCAUUUAUUGGAGGAUCUUUCUUUGACCAUGAAGGUCAACCUUACUGCGAGACCCACUACCAUCUUAAAAGAGGCUCUCUUUGUGCAGGAUGCCAUAAACCCAUUUCUGGUCGCUGCGUUACAGCCAUGUUUAGGAAGUUCCAUCCUGAACACUUCGUGUGUGCUUUCUGUUUGAAGCAACUGAACAAAGGCACAUUCAAAGAGCAAAACGAUAAGCCUUAUUGCCAUACUUGCUUUGAAAAGUUAUUCGGCUAAAGAUGUGAUUUGCAAAGGUGUAAUAAGAGAAAUGGUAUCGAUAUUUGGCAGUAUACUAGUUUUCGAUAUUAUCUAAGUUUAAAAUGUGCAAUAAGAUUAUUAUUGUUAUCUAGUAUACAUAACAGAAUGCUUUCUUAUAUAUUUAUACGUUAAAAAUUACUAAUAUCUCAAAUAAGUGUAAUAAAAGUUACUAAAACAACGUU